AUGAAUCUUAAAUUUCAUCCCUGUCGUACUGCUAUAAAUCCUUCAUCAUCAUCAAAGCCUCGAUUUGAACAAACAGAAAAUAAUGAAGCAUCAUUUAACAAUGAUACUAUCAAUAAUGAUGGUGGUGUAACAGUUAUGUAUCAACUAAAUGAUAAUAAAGAAAUAUCAAAUUGGGUUCAAAUGUUACCAUCUCAACCAAUUUCAAUUGAUCCACAAAUAGGGCUGUCAAAUUCCAAUAUAAAAAAUCAAGAGUGUCUCAGUAAAACACCACUAGUUGACCAGAAAAUUUUACUGAAAAAUCAGGAGGAAAAACUAGUAGAUUUGUAUGGAACUGAAGCAACUAUGUGA